UUAACUUCAGUCUCAAUCCAGUCGUUCAGUGCCUCAGAAGUCGUUUUAAAUUUAAAGCUUUAAAAGCGUCUUUGGAUCCAGUCUUUGCUUUUGCGAUAUAAAGCGAUGUCUACCCGCGGGUAUCCUAACGUGUGGAGUAAUUUCGAACGAAUAGUUGAAGAUGGUAGAAUGCUGAAAUUUGACAUAGAAGACAUACCAGAAAGUAUGUGGAGUACAGCAGUAGAGUUUAUGUUGGGCAACUACAUCCGAGAGGAUGUUUGGUGGAAAGCUGCUGGCACAGCGCAGGAUUUAGACGCAAUACAAGAAUACCGAGUGCUGCUGACAUCGAUCAUUAGGCAGAAAAUGAGCGUGGCGUGCUUCCUCGCUGAAGGAGACGGCUCGGGUCGCACGCUCGUCGCUGUUAACAUGUGCUUGCCGCAGGAAAAGGGACGCUUCGUUGAACACAGGCCGCCCAAGUCUAAAGCGGGUUUAUUAUCCCUGCGAAUGUUCGCCGAGGCCAUGAAAGUGACAGCGAUUUAUGAUAAAUACAACGUGAACACGUACCUCAUGGGAGCCGGCCUGUCUGUGGCACCCGAAUACCGGGGGCUGGGAAUCGCAGUAGAAUUGCUCAAGGCCAGGGUAGAUCUGUCAAAACAUCUGGGAUUCCGUGCAACAGGCGGUAUAUUUACAAGUGCUAAAGCACAAAGAGCAGCAGAGAAAGCUGGCAUGGAGUGCCUGUACCACAUCCCUUAUAAGAAGUUUGGAAAACAUUGCAAUAUAGUGUUUGAUUCGGACGCAGAGGACUUGAAAAUAUUCGCUAUCCGGACCCAAUAAACACAGAAAGUUUACUAGAACCCAAUUCACUUUAUGAGGAUACGUUUUCUUUUUUCUCUUAUAGGUCGGAUUUUAUUGCAAUUACUAGUCGUGAUCUGGAGGCAAAAAUAGGUAUACUCCGAUCUCUUUUGGAAAUAAUCGAGUCGUUUUAUUAACUUAUUCUGUUAUAGAUAUCUUAAGGCCCGUAAUGCAAUGUAACCAUAAUAUUGUAAUAUAAAGUUUUUAAAUAUAUGUGUUUUAUAAGCGUGAAAAAUAAAUGCAGUGAAUAAAUAUUUCGCAUUAACGAUGAAUAAAAUCAAAUAAUUGACGACUACUCCCUUUUAAGUUUAUUCUGGUUACACUUUUAUUGUGUUAGUUUUAAUUAAAGUUGCAGAAAUGAGACCCGAGUCGUAUAACUAACGACUGCAAAAUUUUAAAAGCGAUGCACGUUCCAGAUUUAUGUUAUUUUUUCAGGUUCAUUGAAAACCUGCCAGUAAUUAAUGUUCUGGUAGGUAAAGAGAUAUAAGACCUCCAUAUUAAAUAUUCCAUACUAACUAAUGCUUCAUUGUGGUGAUGGUAAAAUGUAAAAUACUAUUAGAGGUAUUAUGGCUCCACUUCUAUGAAGUAAUUAGGCAAGGUAUAAAUUAAUGUUUGUGACACAAUAUUGUCCAUAGAAAACGACUAAAAUAUAUUUUAAAAUAUAACCAAAGAAACCUCAUCCUUUUGUUUUAGCAACAGAAACCUAGGUACUUCAUCAUUUUAUUCUGUCUUUGUCAAAUGAAACUCAACUUUUACGAGAAUUUAAGUAAAUUGAACUGAAUAUUCCUUGGAAUUUAAAUAAACUUAUUGUUGCUGUUUAAUUUCAAUUAAGUGGUGUUAAAACCUUUAGUUCCCGUGCUAUUGUUUAGAAUACGUUUUAUUGUACGACUUUACUCCAAGAAUUAUUUUCACUUGGCUUGCUGUGUGAGAAAUAUUCCUAUCUACAUUCAGGUAGAAUAGAGAUCUAAGUUGUAAGUCGGAGCGCAGAUAUACAUCUUCCUCUGAGCCUUAUCCCCAACCAUGUUGGGGAUGGCUUCCAGUCUAACCGGAUCCAGUUGAGUACCAGUGCUUUACAAGAAGCGACUGUCUAUAUCGGAGCGCAGAUAUAUGCGAGACACAAUUGAUCUUCGUUUGUUUUACCCAUAUGUAGCUAGCGAGAGUAAAGCAAGAGAGAGUGCAAGAGGUAAAAAAUAUGAUAGACGGUUCUAAACACAAAACAAAACUUAAUACAAGCCUGUAUCCAACAAGAUAAUUUAAUAGCCGCUAUAGCUUUGAAACACAACACCCGACUAAGCCAACAGCUGAACAACAUUUCAUUUUAGUUUUCAAACAAUUGGAUGCCAACUGUUACGUGAAAUAAUAUCGACUAAAUGUAAGGCUGAGCUGUGUUAUGUAUCUGUAUACAAUUUUGAGUAAAAUCUUUGUAACUAA